UUUCAAGUUCUGGUGAUACAACUUCAAAUAAUCAAAAUCACAAACACUGAAGCUGAAGAUAAUAUGGAUGUACGGCUGAUUAACAAAUUCUUGAAAAAAGAGAUCAUGCAUUUUACUAGAGAUGUAUGAUUCUUUACAUUUGACUUUAUCCCUUUGCUUAAGUGAAACGAACUUUUAAUAAUCAAGAUUCCCAAAAAUAUUUUUUAAAUAUUUUUAUACUUCCGAUUUUGUGGAAACAAAUUGGGGGUGGGCCCAUUUCUGCUCCAAUUAGACACACCAGAAUAAAAUCAAGGACCAUAAGGAAAUCUGGAUGAAUGAGUUUGGAGCAGAGGAACUUGCGUGGCCUGAACGGAGAAAUUUGAGUAAAUAUGAAACGAUGGUAUCCAUUGAGCUCUUAUACUCUUAAGCUGAAAAAGCUGAGUGAGGACAGUUUGACCAAACAGCCAGAGGAAGUGUUUGAUGUUCUGGAGAAACUUGGCGAAGGCUCCUAUGGCAGCGUAUUCAAGGCCAUCCAUAAAGAGUCGGGGCAGGUGGUGGCCAUCAAGCAGGUUCCUGUGGAGUCCGAUCUGCAGGAAAUCAUCAAGGAGAUCUCCAUCAUGCAGCAAUGUGACAGCCCUUAUGUUGUAAAAUAUUAUGGAAGUUACUUCAAGAACACGGACCUGUGGAUCGUCAUGGAGUACUGUGGAGCUGGAUCUGUUUCAGACAUCAUCAGGCUGCGAAACAAAACUCUGACGGAAGAUGAGAUCGCCACCAUUCUGAAGUCAACGCUAAAGGGUCUGGAGUACCUUCAUUUUAUGAGAAAGAUCCAUCGUGACAUUAAGGCAGGAAACAUCCUUCUCAACACGGAGGGUCACGCCAAACUGGCUGACUUUGGAGUUGCGGGGCAGUUAACGGACACCAUGGCGAAAAGAAACACUGUGAUUGGUACUCCGUUCUGGAUGGCUCCAGAAGUGAUCCAGGAGAUCGGCUACAACUGCGUAGCAGACAUCUGGUCUCUGGGCAUCACUUCUAUAGAAAUGGCAGAGGGGAAACCUCCUUAUGCUGACAUCCACCCGAUGAGAGCCAUCUUCAUGAUCCCCACCAACCCUCCUCCUACGUUCAGGAAGCCGGAGCAUUGGUCAGAUGAUUUCACAGACUUUGUCAAAAAGUGUUUGGUCAAAACCCCAGAUCAGAGAGCAACAGCAACACAGCUGCUACAGCAUCAGUUCAUCAGCCAGGCCAAACCUGUGUCGAUCCUCAGAGAUCUGAUAACUGAGGCCAUGGAGAUGAAAGCCAAGAGGCAGCAGGAGCAGCAGAGGGAGCUGGAGGAGGAGGAUGAUAACUCUGAGGAGGAGACGGAGGUGGACUCCCACACCAUGGUGAAGUCGGGUUCUGAGGGUGCUGGGACCAUGCGGGCCACCAGCACGAUGAGUGACGGGGCCCAAACCAUGAUCGAACACGGCAGCACCAUGCUGGAGUCCGACCUGGGGACCAUGGUCAUCAAUAGUGACGACGAAGAGGAGGAGGAAGACCAAGGGUCAAUGAGAAGGAAUGCCACCCCCCAGCAGCCCAUACGUCCUUCCUUCAUGGACUACUUUGAUAAGCAGGACUCCAACAAGGCGGCUCAGCAGCAGGAAAACUACAACCAAAAUCAGCCGCUGGAGCAGCCCGGCUACCACAUCCAGUCCAAAAAUGUCUUUCCUGACAACUGGAAGGUGCCGCAGGAUGGAGACUUUGACUUUUUGAAGAACCUGGACUUUGAGGAGUUGCAGUUGCGCCUCACCGCCUUGGAUCCCAUGAUGGAGCGGGAGAUCGAGGAGCUGCGGCAGCGCUACACCGCCAAGCGGCAACCCAUCCUGGACGCAAUGGAUGCCAAGAAGCGAAGACAACAGAACUUUUAAGGGCUCUUCCGAUCCUUCCUCCCCUUCCCAAAGCCAGCAGCAAACUUCUGUCCCAGCAGGAGAACAAAGACCACCAUGUUGUUCUUACCUAAACCCUCUCUAAUGUCCCUACUGACUGCUAACUGGCCUCUGAAUGAAGUUUAGAUGCUUUCUACCCUGGAUGACGUCCGUUUCUCCGCAGUUGCUGUGAAGCCGCUUUCUGGUAAACGCUGAUCAGGACUGUGGGCAAAAAAAAAAAAAAAAGAGAAGUGACCCCGAGGCCAUCUUAAAAAGGAAUUUCCUCUUUUCUCAGUGAACUGUCAGCCUUGGGAGUCGGCAUCAGCACAUAAGGAAGUCAGUCCUGCAGCAGGAGCAGCUGUAGAUGCAGCAGAUCUAAUGAAGUUUUUCUUUCUUCUUUCUUUUCUUCAGACUUUUUACUUCCAAUGUAAAUAUAACACAGAGCCUAGUUUGGAAAUGACCACCAUCAGAUGCUGAGGAGGUUUGACUAUGACCAAAGACAAUCAGAAUUAUGCUGACUUUGUGAAUGCCUUAAAAUAACACGCAAUGUAAUAAAACGCCACGUAACGGGACGUUUGCACCGCUCUCUGGUUUGAAGCUGUAAGGAAACAUCGUGGUCGGGUUACGUACCAGAGAACUUCAAACUUAUCAGUCUAUAUGAUUAACUUUUUGGGUUUGUAUUAGUUUUCAUGUUUGGGCUUUUCUUUUUUUGCACCGUCUGCUUUAACAGACUUCAUGUAUCUUAGUGCCUCUUCGGUCAAACAGAUCCUCCUCUUAGCUCACAGUGAUGUUAUGCAUUCAAAGUCUGAGACUUUAUUCCGCUAAUCGGUCCACAUGAGGGAUGACUAAGCGGUAAAACUGUUUGUUGAAAAAUCUUCUGAAGUUGUUCAAUGAUUAUUAGAUUUCAGAUUCGUCUCAGACAUUAGGGUGAAGACGCAUCGACUAAAGCAAAACUGUCAGAUUUACAACGGUUGCAUUUUAAUUCCUCUUUGUUGCUUUAUUUUUCAGAUUUUCCCUGCAGCAGUAGUGCAUGGCUACGUUUUUGUUUUGUCGAAAGAAUACAGUGUUUUAGGGUAAAAUGCUCUUUAUUUUUUAUUUUUUUGAAACAUAAAACCUGUUGGCACACAGAUAUUUGGCUUCCUUUUGUAAUAAAGUAGCUGCACUUAAUCAGACAUGGAUAAGAUAAUCCUCAAACUUGGCAGAGGAAAUAUGUUUCCCUCUUAAGCUAGAGGGCAGCGACGCAUUUACUGUUCAUCUGUAAAACAUCUCACAGUGACGAUAAGUUGUAACAAUACUAUAAAAGCUCAAUAGAUUGUAAAAAUAGAGUUCAGAAUCAACCAAUUUUUAAUAAAUCAAUAUAUAUUAUGUUCAUUAACGGCAUCGGAAAGAAUAUUUUCAGUUUCUAAAUGAAUCAACAAAUCAGGAAAUUGUGCAAAUAUCAUUUAAAAUUGGUUACAAACUUUUCCCAAUUCUGUUUUCUGUUUCAGUCCAGUUCUCUCAAGUCUGUUACAUUUUAAUAAACUGGUUGUCGGCUGGGAGCAACUACUGCACAGAGACUCCAUCAGGAUGCAAAAUAUGAAUUCAAUACACCUGGAACAAAUUUCACAUUUUAAACAAUCCUCUUUAUUAAAAUAUCACUGUGAUAUUUUCUUCACCUCAUUACGUUCCUAUGAUGCAUAAAGUGUUUUUUUCUCAACUUUAUCUCUUGCAGUAAUUUGUAUCUGAUUAAAUUUAAGUUGAAUUUUAUUGACAUUUUCAGGCUGGGCUCUCAAAACGAUAUCAAAAAUACAAACAUAUCUGGUGAUUUGAAAGCUGUUAACACCUUUGAUCCCUUAAAUAAGAAGCUGUUUUUUUUUUUUUAAAUGCCUUUUCCUCAAUUUUUCAUGUUAAUGACCCUGAAUGAAAUAACCAUCUUAAUAUCUUGUACAAGUUAUCUUUUCUUUUUUUGCAGGUUUCUGUUACAUAUGAAUGUGGAUCACCUGUUUAUUUUGAAUAAGCAGAUCUGUUACUGUGUCUCACUGACUUAUCUGGAAUAAGCAGACAAUAUAAACAGCAUCAGUACUGUAUCAUGUAAACCGCAUCUGAUUCUCUUCAGAUUUGUUUUCCUUCUAAUUGAUAAGAAUUAAGUCAUUUGUAAAUUGUCACCUUUUACUUUUAGGGCCUGGAGUCUACACUGCAAUAAAUUGCAUAGGAAUAUGAUUCUCCUGUGUUAGAAUCUUUUUUUUUUUUUUGUUUGUUUUAUAAAACGUGAUCCCGACUGUUGAAAUUUCCGCCCCAUGGGGCCAAACGGAUGUUUUGCCGUCUUUUCGACUAUGCAUGUUUGCAUUUUAGAUAGAUGCUCUUCUAGUAAGUGCAGAGUUAAUAUGGAAGAUUAUUUAUUAUUCUGUUUUCAUAAAAAAAAGUUGAAUUAAAAUAGGAAACUGACUCAGCUGUCCCCAUCACUUGUGUGAAAUUAAAUAAAUUUAAGUUUGUGUUCAUUUAAGUUUUUUUUUUUCUUUAUUUUUGAUCUAAUGCAGAGUGGAAUGUAAGCAUUAAACCCUUUUAAUUUAUUUUUUUGUUUGUAAUACUUUGAGAACGUGUAAUAAUUAAUAAAAGUUACAUAUAGUUA